AUGAGUGAGUCAGAAGAAGAUACAGUUCUUUUACGUAGUAUAGCAACUAAGGCCCAACAGUCAAUCACUGAUAAUGAUAAAGAUGAUCUUGAUAUGGAAGUCCUUACAAGAUCUCAUAAGAAAGUAUAUGAAGAUAAUGAUAGCCAUGACUCUGAAUCUAUUGGUGCUGCAGCAGCAUUUGAGGCUCUCAAGAAAUAUCACAAAGGUGAUAAAACCAAGAAAGAUAAGAAAGACCUUCAUAGUCAAUUUGUUGCAUCGGCGAUGUCUGAAAGUUUAAAAAUAUGGAAGAAAAAAAAAGCGAAGGGUGAAGAUGUUGGGAAAAAAGAUGAAGUUGUGGAACAUGCAGCCAAGAUGGCAAUUAAAAUGGUACAUAAAAGUGAAAAAAGUGAAUCAAGUUCAUCUUCUGUUUCUGAAGAACAUACUGAAGAAUCUCAUAGUAAAUUAUCCAAUAAUAACGCUGAACAAAAAAAUUCUCAAUCAUCUAAUGAUGAACCAAAUUCUGUUAGCUCUAUUCAACAGGAUGUAAAAGAAAUUAAUCAGGAUGAAUUGGAUGAAAAUACUAAAAGAAAGAAAAGUCUAGUAGCUUUGGCAACGGCCAAUCAUCAUGUAGGUGUACAUUUAAAAUGUAUAAGACCUACUGAAGACAUCUUUAAUCCAGAAGAUCCCAAAAUUAGAGAAGAUAUAAUUCGUAUGAUAAUUCAAUAUCUUUCGGAUGAAGGUUAUUCUGCGUCAAAGAUGACAAUAUACGAUGAGGCAAAUGUGAAAAGGCACGAAAGAGAGGAACAUGCUGCGGAUUUUAAACGCAUAAAGAAAGCAAUACUUGAUGGCGAUUGGGCUGAAGUAGAAAAGCUGUGUGCAAAACCUUUAGUGAAAAAUCAUAAAGGUAUUCUAUAUGCUGUGUAUAAACAACAAUAUUUAGAGUAUAUAGAACACCAGGAAACUCAAAAGGCAUUUACAUUUCUUAACAAAAGAUUAAAGCCUCUUGAAUAUCUUCAAACAAGACCAAAUGAAUUUAAAGAUUUAUGUUAUUUACUCACAGCAAAGGCUGUUCAUGACGCGCCUUCUUUCAAAAAUUGGGAAGGAAUUGGACCUGAAAGAGAAAAAUUAGCUGAACAAUUUCAAAUUAUGUUGAAUUAUGAGAAAACCGGUAAAAGUGGUUCCGUGCAUGUACCACCAAAUCGACUUCUUACUUUACUUCGCCAAGCUGUCGCAUAUCAAAUUGAAUUUUCACGCUAUCAUCCACGUGUGGCUCCAUGCGUAAAUACUUUAUUACAAGAUUACAGUAGUUUCGUUAUACCAAAUGCCAUACGUGCAACUUUGAGUGGACAUCUUGGCAAUGUUAAAUGUGUGGAAUUUAUUGGCGAAGAAGGUCGAGAGAUUGUUAGUGGGUCAAGUGAUAACACAUUAAGGAUAUGGGACACAGAAAGUUCCAAAUUUAUUAGAAGUUUAGAAGGUCAUGAAUCGCGUAUUUGGGAUGUUUCAUCCAAUAAAAAUGGAUCUAUUGUUUCAAGUGCCAGUGGAGAUGGCACUGUUAGAUUGUGGGAUAUGAAAACGAAUAAUUAUACGUGUACAUCAACGUUAGCCGAAAAUUCUGGAGAUGUUUAUACUGUUAAAUUUCAUCCCGGAGAAAAUCAUAUUGUAACAGGAGGAUAUGAUAAAAUCAUAAGAUUUUUUGAUGUUAAUACAGGACAAUUAAUAAAAAUGUUUACAGGACAUCAAUUGUCUGUAUCCAAAACAGUAUUUAAUCCUUUAGGUAAUUUGAUUAUUAGCGGGUCAAAGGAUAAUACAAUAAAAUUUUGGGAUAUUGUAUCAGGAUUGUGUAUAAGGACAAUUUCUUCGCAUUUAGGGGAGGUGACUUCAGUUGAAAUGAAUGCCAAUGGAACUUUACUACUAAGCAGUUCAAAAGACAACUCCAAUAGAUUAUGGGAUACUCGACCUAUCAAAAGAUUAAAAGGUCAUCAAAACACUUCAAAAAAUUUCAUUAGAUCAGGCUUUGUUAAUAAUUCAUUGAUUGUUGGGGGAUCAGAGAAGUUAAAAGGUCAUACAGGCAUGGUUUAUAAUGCUAUUUGGAAUCCUAAGCAAAGUUUAUUCGUUAGUUGUAGUGAUGAUAGAACUUUAAAAACAUGGUGGUAUGAUGAGAAUUUACCUUUAGAUUUAUAA